AAACAUCGAAUUGUUUACAGCUCUAGCUUGUACAUAUCAAACUCGUUGACUCAGUUUACAAACUGUUUUCUUUUUAUAUAUUUAACUUUAACUAAGAUAAUUUGCUGCACUGUUUUACGAUAAAUAAUAGUCUUGGUUUUUGUUCAAUUUGCAAUGUCUGCGCUUACCAGACUCGCGCUUAAGCUGUGACCACACCCCGCGCUCGGUAAAAAUAUCAUAAAAUUAAAUUCAUUGGCGUGACGCGAGUUUAUUUUAGAUGGCCAAUUGGCAAGUGCAACUCAGCGGCCAGAACCUUUUCCCUGAAGAAAUGGAUAGCACAAGUCUGAGGUAUAUGAGUACAAACCCUUCUUGUUUAUCUAAGACUUACGAAGUUCAAAAGAAUGUCCCUACCGAAGUGGAUUUAAACAGCACGCAGAUAGGUAUAGAAGCCACUAUGCGCAAGAAAAUGAAACCGCGCAACGCUCCAGCUUUAUCUCCAGCGAAAAAAACUGAAACUGGACUGGCGUCUCCCGUUAACUACUCCAACUCCAGUAAAGUUAACAUAAAAGAGCACAGCUAUUCCAAGGAUCAUCUCGACGAAUGGCUGGAAACCUGCUUACGUGAUGCUACCAACACCCAACAAUCGUCAUCUUCUGAGUUUUUAGAAUUUUUACCGUCCACAGCAGCAGCUCACAAGCACGUUUUUGUUCGUCAACAGCUACUACAGCACAAGAAGCAGCAGGAAUUGCAAAACCCCUUACAAAGAUAUGGAAUAAGCCCAAGCACGCCCUAUAGUUUUGGGAUUCAACGUCAUUCGCACUCUCUUAGUCAUCGAUACCCGAUGCUAUUUCCACCGCCGAGCCUUAAUUGCCACGGUAUAAGCUACGGUGGCGAUGAUAGCCACGAUUUCGCCAGCUUACCCCCUCAGGUCAAUAUGAUGGGAGGGGCAGAAGGCGCUGGCUCAGAAAAUGAUCCCAAUUCAGCAGAUGUUCUCGGAGCAAGCGGAAGUAAUCCCAGUUUUAACAAAGGGUUUCGAUUCAGCGAGCCGUGCCUUUUGAAUCCCUCCGACAACGAUUCAAAGCUAAGUGGUCAGAAUACCCCAGAUUGUCGGAAUGGCUACUACAAUGACAGUGGCUGUGAUCUAGCACAGCAAAAUAAAUUAUUUGCAGCCCUAAUGGAACAAAUAAACAUACUGCAUGACACCAAUUCUAAGAUCUGUCAGAACUUACACGAAACAAAAGUUGAUAUCGAAGCUUUAAAGCACACACCUGGUGGUCAAACUUGGGCCGGUGUCGGCUCGGGCACUAUGCGGCACCGUAGAGAUAGCUUAAGCGGAUUAAGCACUCAUAGUCAACCUUUGGUGUUUGGCGGGGGUAUGGGUGGCACUCACAGCCCGGCAUCCACCUUUCAUUCAGGCGCUUACACUCCAGGAAUGAUGACUGACGUAGUACGAGAGGUGAAGGAGGCCGCGCGCAUACGCGAAGAUGCACUGCUUAGUCGAGUAAAAGCAAUGGUUGAUGAGCGUCAGUGGGCUUUACACGAGGGUAAUGUCCAUAUUUUGCGAGAUAUUAAUGAGCUAAAGUCCCAUAUAUUUCAGUUGCGAUUGGAGAAAAACGAAACUAACAAACGUUUGUCGCAUUUGGAGGCCGAAAACAAAUGGCUGCGCCAGGCUAUAUCCAUUUGCUAUAAUCAGAAGCAAUCAUUUAACAAUAUAACCUACGAAAAUGAGCGUGCCCGUGGAUCCCCAAAGCCAUUCCCAAAUGGAGGUGGUGUUGAUUUUGUGGGUACCGGUGCCCUUGAAGUCCGACGGGCACAAUCAUUAAACCUGCACUACGGUACGAUGCAUCAAACGCCGAGCCAAACAACGCGCCCUCUGGAAGAGCACGACAAAAUAAAAGAGGAACAGUUGCAAGAACAAAAAGAAGUCGAGAGUAAAGACCAACCGAUUACUCAAAGUAAACGGCUAUUGUGCUCGAGCAAUGAGUUCCGCAGUAAUGGUAUACUGACGCUCUCAAAAUCAAUCCACCACUCCAGGAGCUCAACUUCACCGCAACAAUCUAUCAGUAGUCCUCCCACUUUUUCUCUGAUUUCGGAUCAGGAUAUUCCAGAAUAUCCACAGCCGCCCAAAAGGGAAAAUGCACACAUAAAACGAGAGAGCAGUGAAACGGCCGCCGCACGUAUGGAGGCAAAUCAACGUUUAAUUGCGCUUGAAAAAUUGGUUAAAAACCUAAGUAUCCAAGUAAACGGCCAGCAAAAUGGGAACAAUAACGAAUCUGGCGCAGCAUCCGACGCAACAAAAUUAAGGUUGGCUAAAAGUGUGAUUACAGACUUAUAGUUUUAGCUAAUUAUUACUGGCACCAAACGAAUCGGCCAGACACAGACAACCCGUGUCACUCACUUGUAACAAGAGGAUGGACAAAAAAGGUCACAUCAACAUCCUUUAAUAUUACAAUUAUAAAUAAUUCAAUAACUUUAUUGUAAUCGUUAUAAUGCUUUUUACCACACCUCAACUAAAUUUUAAUUUUACCAAUUUUUAAAUUGUGUAUUCGGCUCGGAAAAAAACUUGUUUUUGGCUAAAAAUAAGACCUGUUACUUAAAAUCUAUGACGAUUAUGAUAUUCCUAUAUCAGGCAUUAAAUUCUUUUUAAAUGUAGAUUUAGUGCGUUAUCUAAAGAAAAUAUUAGGAUUGUAUGAAAGACAUCUAUCUAUGAAAUAACGCGUACAUAUUUGAAUGAGCAGAAAUCAAAAUAUGGCUAAAAAUAUAUGUAAAUGAAAAGGGGUGGCUCAUUUGUAGAUCAUAUUUUUUAAGUGCCAUUUUAUUAAACAGAAAAUAAAGUAUAUUAGUAUAAA